ACUGCAUAAAAGUGUAAUACAAAAAAUAAAAUGGAUUAACAAAUCAUGGAAGCAAAAUGCACCUUUUUAACUUAUAAAGAGUAGAAAUAUUUUAUCAAACAGGAAAUCUCUGGUUAAUAAUUUACACAUGUCUGCAGAAAGUUUACAUGUACCCAAUACCCGAACUCUCAAUAUUGGCUAAUGCAAAUACAGCACAAUGGUUGAUUAUAGCUCUUUGAUGCAAAUACAAGAUAAGAGUUACAGUAUACAUGGAGAAAAGGGUUGAAGUCCAACAUUAGCAUACUAAGCCUAGAGUUAGCAAUAAAUGCCUUACUUCGAAAAUAAACCAAUAUCCAAAGGCAUCGUAUCAUGAUGACUGACAGGAAGUUCAGGAUUUACUUAAUCAUAAUAAUUUCAUCUUGCAUAAUUUUGUUCAUGUUAGCCAUAAGGAAUACUUCAAAUGAUGUAAAAGUUGAUACUAAAAUCAAAUGGAAACCAAAAUCUAAAAACUUUUUCUUGGAUGAGACAGGAGCAACUGAUUCUACAGCCAAGAAAGAUGAUACUAAUAGUGAUACAACUAAUAUUGAUACAAGGAGUCAAAAAUGUCAGAAACUAUGUACAGUAAAAUAUGACAUUGCCAAAGGCUAUCCACCAGUUGCUAAUUCUGGAUUAUACGGAGAUUAUCUAUGUCCAACGAUGUUUCGAGAUAUGUCUGAUUAUGUCUUUGGAUGGCCAUUUAGCCAUUUUCACGAAGUUGUCAAUGUACCAGACUUGAGGGAAGUUCUCGACUGCCUGCCACCUGUUCCAAUAUUGUUCUCUAAAGGUGACCCGCAGUUGGUAAGGAGUUUCAUUAAGCAACUGGGAGACCAUGUAAAACCUGGAUUUAUUCUCUUAACUGGACAGACUGAUUUCCCUAGCCCAGGAGAGAAUAAAAAAUUACUGGAUAAUCCAAAUAUACUGAGAUGGUAUGGAUCGAACCCUGAUAUAACUCAUCCAAAAUUCCAUCCAUUUCCUCUGGGAUUACAAUGUUUUGAACACGCCCAGGGGAUGCUACAAUUCCACAACAAAUAUGGAGAAAAUAUCAAAGAUAAACUACAAAAUAAUAGAGGACGUAUGGAAAAUGGAGAUUUCCAAAAACUAGCCGUACUUAACUUUGGGGAAACACAUCCAGUGCGGCGAACAGUUAAGACCCAACUGUGUAACGAAAAACAUCCUUAUAUAGAAUGCCAGAAUAAAUUAUGGACUAACAAUAUGACAGGAGAGAAUGGGAAGCUCAGUCUGCUUUACGAGAGUCUGUCCAAGUAUCCAUUUUGGGUAGCACCCAGGGGCAAUGGGCUUGAUACCCACAGGAUCUGGGAGGCCUUAUAUGUGGGCUCUAUACCAAUUGUUCAAAGAUCUCUAAUGGAUCCAUUAUUUAAAGACCUACCUGUACUUCUAAUAGACAACUAUGAAGAUCUUACAGAAAAACUACUAAAAGAUACAUUAAUCAAGUUUUCAGAAAUGGAUGUCAAUACCAAGGCACUUUACAGACACUACUGGAGGGCGAAUAUUGAAAAGUUUAGAUCUGAAAUGAUCAAAAAAUACAACCUUGCAGAUUCUGCGAGAUUUAGAUGUUGGGGAACUUAAAUUCAUUAUCAAAGUACAUGUAUGCCAAUUUUGAAUACUGUUAGAUAGGACAACAUUAUUCUGAUAGGGCGAUGUUUAUUUAGUGAUAUUACAUGCACAUAUAGCUUGAAGCUAAAUGUUAAAAAAGCAAACAAGGUACAAAGUCUGAUAUCAAAAAACAU